AUGAUGAACAUCCUGCGCGACAUCGGCAUGCGCUGCGAGGACAUCUGGCCCCCGGCCGUGGACAUCCAGCAGUUCAGCCCGUCCUACUAUGACCAUGACCUGCGCUCGAAGUUCACCUUCGGCAACCCGGACAAGCCCCUGGUCAUCUACAUUGGCCGUGUGGCCCCGGAGAAGAACAUGGACGCCCUGAACCGCAUCCUCGAGCGCUUCCCCGAUGCCUACCUCGCCAUCAUCGGCAAGGGCCCGGAUGCCCCCAAGUGGGCCCGCCUGCAUGGCAAGGAGAACCGCAUCUUCUGCACCAAUGCCCACUACCAUGGCGAGACCCUGAGCAAGGCCUUCGCCGUGGCCGAUGUCUUCGUCCUCCCUUCGGAGUUCGAGACCCUGGGCAAUGUGGUCCUCGAGUCCAUGGCCUCCGGUGUGCCGGUGGUUGGCUGCAAUGCCGGCGGCAUCCCCCACAUGCUCUCCAACGAGAAGACCGGCCUGCUCUUCGAGCCAGGCGACCUGGACGGCAUGUGCGAGGCCGUGGGCCGGAUCAUCUAUGAUCGCGAGCUCCGUGAGCGCUUCAAGCAGGCCGGCCUCGAGUACACCUCCAACAAGAGCUGGCGCCAUGCCUCCGAGUAUGUGGUCGCCCUCUAUGAGAAGUGCAUCCGUCGCCAUGGGAAGCUGGUCCCCGGGGUGAACGCCCCGCCGGAGCCGGUGUACGACGUCGGCCCCAUCUUCGUGGACCCGAUGAUCGGCGUGGCCCCGCGCCCCGGCAGCGAGGGCGCCCGCAUCGACGCCCUGGCCAGCGCCGGCACCGCGUCCACCGUGGUGGACACUCGCAGCGGCGGCCCCUUCGGCAUGCGGUCCAUGCUCCCCUGGCUGCUGAGUGUCAUGUUCGGUGUGCUGGUCUUCGUCUUUGUCCGCUUCAACCAGGCCUCCAACAACCCGUAG